GUGUACAUUUAGUUGAUAUAAGCAGGUGCGCGAGACCACAGUGCAGUGAUGGCGCGACAAUGGAUCGCAGUGCUGGCUUUCGCCGUUGUCCUCGUCCUGACUGACGCAGAAGAUGCAGCGACCACGCCGAAACCCAAGAAGGUUCUGGAAACCGUCAUGAAUCCAGCUUACAUACCGGCUGAAGAAAAACACGGUUCCUAUUGGAAGAAGUCUGCUGCAUCAACACUAAAAUCUAAACUAAAAGAGAAGACGAACAAAAAUAAGGCCAGAAACGGAAUCCUUUUUAUUGGGGACGGAAUGUCGUUGGCCACUGUCAUGGCAGCACGGACUUAUGCCGGCCAACUGGAUCGAGGGCUGGGAGAAGAGAAUAUUCUCGAAUUCGAGAAAUUCCCGGUGACCGGAUUGGCUAGGACAUACUGCUUAGACGCCCAAGUGCCGGAUUCAGCGUGCACCGCCACCUCAUACCUGACCGGAGUGAAGACUAAAUACGGAGUAAUAGGUUUAGAUGGAAACGUGACCCGAGGAUCAUGUCACUCCCAACUCCACAAAGGAAACUGGGCGCCGUCUAUUGGACAAUGGGCCAUUGAAAACGGAUUAGACGUUGGUUUGGUCACAACAACUAGAGUGACGCACGCCUCACCCGCCGGCAUGUAUGCUCACGUUUCCGAGAGGAAUUGGGAGUCGGACGUUGAUGUACCAGCGGAGUGCCUGACCCUUGGCUGCCGGGACAUCGCGUACCAGCUCGUCAUGGAUAACCCAGGGAGACAGUUCAAGGUCAUCUUGGGCGGCGGCAGACGAGAAUUCCUCCCGAACGUCACUGGCUUUGGUAACAACACCGGGAAACGGGUUGAUGGAGUGGAUCUAACCGAGCUGUGGCACGUGGAUAAGCUCCAGAAGAAUGUGAGCCAUCAGUACGUGACAGACAGACUGGAGCUCUUGAAGGUAUACAAUUCUGAUGAUUUACCCGAAUACCUCCUGGGAUUGUUCAACACUGACCACAUGGCGUACCAUUUGAAGGCAGAAGACGAGCCGACUUUGGAAGAGAUGGUGGAAGUGGCCAUCAAAAUGCUCAGCAGGAACCCGAAGGGAUAUUUCCUGUUCGUUGAAGGUGGAAGAAUAGACCACGCGCAUCACGACAGCCUCGCGUAUUUGGCGUUAGACGAGACCGUCGAAUACGCUAAAGCCGUAAGAAAAGCCAGAUCGCUGACCGACGAAUCUGAGACCCUUAUUGUCGUGAGCUCCGACCACGCCCACACCAUGACCGUGGCCGGCUACCCGUCCAGAGGCAACGACAUCCUGGGCGUGGUGGACACGACGAACGGUGGCGACGGAAGACCUUACACUACGAUCAGCUACGCAAAUGGAAAAGCCGCUUCCAUUGACACGGACGGGCUCAGAGUCGACGUUACGAAGGAAAAAGGAUUUACGGAGCGUAGCUUGGAUUACGCGUACCCAAGUCUCGUGCCUCUGGACUCGGAGACCCACGGCGGCGAGGACGUGGCGGUGUUCGCGCUGGGACCCUGGCAGCACCUGUUCACCGCCAGCUACGAUCAGUCCGUGGUGCCUCACUUAAUGGCGUACGCGAUGUGCCUCACGGACGACCAGCAUCAGAACUGCCACCAGCCCGAGAGGCUCACGGAAGCCGCCUCGAGCGCGGUGUCAGUCUAUCCAUACCAACUAUUAUUAGCCCAAGCUGUGAUAUCAAUUAUUAGUUGUCUCUUAUAGUAUUCUAGUUUUAUUUGUAAAUAGUAUUAUUGAAUUUUGUAAAUAUUUUAUUAGGGUUUUAUUUUUAGGAUGCAUCGCGUUUCGAAACACUGUAUUCUAUUUGACGUUAUCAAUAAAUAAUAAAGAUGAAAAAGUGGAAUGA